AUGCAGACUGCCUCUACAACAUUUGUGAAAGACUGUACAAUAAGUCCAUCCGUGAAAUUUACUUGCUACUAAAUAUUCCACAGUCAACUGUUAGUGGUAUUAUAACAAAGUGGAAGCAACUGGGAACAACAACAGGCCACGUAAAAUGACAGAGCGGGGUCAGUGCAUGCUGAAGCGCACAGUGCGUGGAAGUCACCAACUGUCGGCAGAGUCAAUAGCUAAAGACCUCCAAAUUUUAUGUGGCCUUCAGAUUAGCAUAACAUCAGUGCGUAAAGAGCUUCAUGGAAUGGGUUUCCAUGGCUGAGCAACUGCAUCCAAGCCUUACAUCACCAAGUGCAAUGCAGUGGUGUAAAGCAUGCCACCACUGGAGUCUAG